AUGAGUAAGCGCCCAGAGGGUGGCUCUGGCGCAGAGGCGUCUCCUAAAAAGGCAAAGAAGAACAAUAGACCAGGAGAUUCCUCAAAACAAGCCCAAAAAACAUCAAAGAAUCCUGGAAAAAAGGGAAAGCAGGCAGUAGAUGGCGCCAAGCCCGUAGACAUUAAGACAUUUUCUACUUUACAAGAGUAUAAAGAGUUUAUUUCGCAGAUUUGUACAAAGGCUAUAACGUAUCCAGAGUCAAGUUUGAAGGAUGUGAAUGUUUUGUUUGAAAUAGUUGAGAAGAGGGGUGGAGGACCCGAACCGUUGUUAGAUCAUGUAAAAAGACUUGCUCUCUUAUCUCUAGUUUCAGUAAUAUGUCACAUGUUGCCUCGUGUAAGCUAUGAAUUGCAGGAUUCUGGAGCAAACGCUGUCCAAAAGGCUGAAGGGAUGCACGCAAGUGAUGUUAUUGAAGAGGAGAAGGCGAUAACUACAAACACUCUGGAACUCAGGGAUAAGCUAAUAAAGUUUAUAAACUCAAAUUUGACAAAGGGAAGUUCUAAUUCUGCAAAAAAGGGAUCAAGUUUGGCUGGAUAUUCCAGUCCUACCGCAAAUGCAGACUUGGGUAUAACGAGCAAUGAAAGUAUUUGUGUUCACUUAAUUUCUAGACUUACCUGUGCUGAUAACAGAGUCUGCAAUGAGCUAUUGAGUUUGUCUUUAAAAUACUCUAGACAUUCGAAAUCGUGUUUGAAUGCUAUAAACGAACUCUUUACCAGUGGAAGGAUUCCAGACAUACACCGAUAUUUGCAGUUUAUGUUAAAAUCACCGUUUAUUAACCACCUUGUUGUAGACAUCAUAAACAGGAUUCCAAUAAAUAAAAAGCAGCAUGAAUAUUCACUUUCCGAAUCUUCAACUGAUACCUCUGUUCCUUCAAAAAAGUCAAGCCAUGGGAAGACAAAGAAUAGGAACCUGAGAAAGAAGUGCGGAAUAAAUAUGAUGCAAUCUUGUAUAGAGGGGAUUGGGAAAUACGGAAUGAUUAUGGAUGACAAUAUACGCAUAGAGUUGAUAACAGAGAUCAGAAAUGCUUUAAAGAACAUGAACAAGGCACCAGUUUUGAUUUCCGGUUUAUCUUCAUCCAUAAAACUGGCAAAAAUGGUUAAGAAUAUUGAAUUCACAUGGAUUUAUGAAACAUUCAUAAGGCUUUGCAAGAACGCACUGCCGUUUCUGGUUCAAGGAGAGUUAUUCAAGGGCAGUGGAAAUUCCUUGGACGUGACUAAUAGUAUAAACUUUGGAUCACCAUUGUAUGCAUACAAGUUUUUAGAUUGUCUAGAAAAUUUGUCUGCGUUACUUUCAAAUUCAAAAGCGGUCUCAGAUAAUGAGAUUUUGGCACAGUUUUUGCAGGAGCUUCUAUCCAUAUCUCUAGUGAUAGAUUCCAACAUCGCUGCUCCAAUUCUUAUUUAUGUGAGAGACAUUCUGGCAAAGGUCCCCAAACUGCAGGAACUGAUAUCGUUGGAUGGUAUGAGGUUCUCAGUAUUGUCUAAAACAAAGAGCUCGUUUUGGGAGCUCCAGCUUCUUUCAUCGCACUUUUCACCUACAAUAAAGUCGAUUGCUAAUUCCCUUUCAGAUCCUACAGCAAUCGAUAGCAAACGGCCAUUUAUUUUACCAAUGGGCCACGGAAUAAACACCAGCAAACCUUGUCACAUGAGUGGAGUUGACGUUUAUCACAUUUUAGUUUCUAGUGAUUUCAAUGAGAUUUUAAAUUUCAGUUAA